AUGGAGCUGCUCUGCUGUAGGAUGGAGCUGCUGUCCUACUUCUGCUGUAGGAUGGAGCUGCUGUCCUACUUCUGCUGUAGGAUGGAGCUGCUGUCCUACUUCUGCUGUCCUACUUCUGCUGUAGGAUGGAGCUGCUGUCCUUCUGCUGUGGAGGAUGGAGCUGCUGUCCUACUGCUGCUGAUGGAGCUGCUGUCCUACUUCUGCUGUAGGAUGGAGCUGUCCUACUUCUGCUGUAGGAUGGAGCUGCUGUCCUACUUCUGCUGUAGGAUGGAGCUGCUGUCCUACUUCUGCUGUAGGAUGGAGCUGCUGUCCUACUUCUGCUGUAGGAUGGAGCUGCUGUCCUACUGUGCUGAUGGAGCUGUGUCCUACUUCUGCUGUAGGAUGGAGCUGCUGUCCUACUUCUGCUGUAGGAUGGAGCUGCUGUCCUACUGCUGUAGGAUGGAGCUGCUGUAG